AUGGCGCCCAAGAAGCAGCGCGGGCAGAGCGAUGGGCAGCGGCCCGGCACGGCGGCCGGGGGCGGACAGCAGCCGUCGGAUCGCGCGGCCUACCUGCAACGCGAGCUCGCGCUGCUCGACCAGCAGCUAAGGGCCUGCGAGGAGCGCGCGGAUCGCGUGCAGCAGGAGAACACCUUCCUGGACUGCGAGGCGCAGCGCCUGCGCGAGGAGAACCGCCUGUACGCCAGCUACGUGAGCGCGCGCGCCCAGCGCUCCGCCACGGCCGUGGUGCGCCUGGAGGAGAAGAACCGCCAGGACCUGGAGCAGAUCCACGGCCAGCGCGCCGAGCUGGCCUCGCUCUACCAGGGCCGCCAGGAGGGCGUGCACGCGCAGCUGCUAGAGAUGGAGGCGCGCGCGGCGCAGAUGGAGCAUCAAGUGCAGGAGCUGCAGCCCUAUAAGGAGCUGCAGCUGGAGCAGCUGGCGCGGAUCCGCGCUCUAGACCGGGAGCUCUUGCACAUGCGCGUGGAGCACACGCAGGUGCUGCACCGCGUCAAGCAGCGCUUCCUGGACGACAAGGCGGCCUUGGAGCGCGAGGCGCGCCAGCGCGUGCAGUCCCUGGCGCGGCGGGCGGAGCGCGAGGCGGCGCGCGCCCUCAUCGCGCACACGCAGGCCAUCAAGGGGGACAACUGGCGCCUCCGGCAGGAGCUGCUGCGUCUGCUCCGCAGUGCGCAGCUGCUGCACACCCUGCGGCGCCAGCUGCUCGAGCAGCGUGACCAGCUGCGGCGCGAGCACGAGAACACGCGGGACCUGGUGCGCGUGCAUGGCUGGUUGCGCAGAGGCCCUGGGGGUCCGCCACUGUGGCAGCCUCGGCCCAGCACCUCUCGGUCCAGCGGGCGGCCUGGGUCCUUUACAGCCUCCGCAAGGAAGCCCCGCGCAGGCUCCCAGGCCCCGUCGAUGGGCGCUCCGACUCAGGCGAGCGGGGGGGUCCGGUCCUGGCACUCAGUCUUAGGAAUCCAGUCGCGCUCUGGCUCACGGAACCCUCUCCCAGCCUGGUCCAUCUCGGCCUCGCGGCCUCCGUCCCAGGUGCUGUCACGAGGGGACUCACAGGCCCCUUCCCAGGCGCCAUCGCGAGUGGAUUCGCGGACUCUGUCCCAGAGGCCGUCGCAUCAGAGCUUGCAGACAUCGUCCAGGCCCUUGUCUGGCGCCGCCUCGCAGAACACCAGCUCCUCGGACGAGUCCCGCCUCAGGUUUCCUUCGGGCUCUUCCGGGGCUUUGUCUGCAGCUUCACGUUCCGUGGUGUCCAAGGAGAUCGCCGCCAACCGUACUUCGGAAGCCCCCUCGGAGCACAGCUGA